GGUGAGAGAGGCCGGGCAAGGGUGCAGACGCACCGGCCAGGAGCCGCAGACACACAGCACUUGCCGCCGGCCGCGGGUUGCCGCAACAAGCCGACCGGCGGGCGCUGCCCGAGGUAUGCAGCAACAGAAACACAGCAGCAACAGCAGCAGCAGUGCCAUGCUGCACGUCGCAGUACGGCCAAAUCCUCGACGCUGAAGCUUGGCGUGGCCCAGGAACCGAAGGCGAGGACACACACAGCACGCGCGGGGUCUCUCGGACCAGCCAGCCACCGCAUCCGCGUGCAGUUCCAGAUUUUUUUUUUUUGUCGCUCACCACCCCGUUGUCCACCCGGCGGUGCACUUGGGGUUUUGUAUGUAAAAGCUGGACGUUCUCUCACACUCUCGGAAAGAAAGAUCCCGGGUGCAAGGAGCGGAGAAAAGCCCCGCCUUAACGCCGAGUGGCUGUCGACUUCGCUCUCCGCCGCUGUGCCGAGUCGGCCCGCUGUUGACACGCUCGUGGCGUGGCGGCUGGUUCCACACCCGACUGGCGACGAAGCGACAAACGAGGCGAGACAAGCGCAAGGGAUACGGGCGCACACCUGACGCUUCACGGACCAGCGGCCGCGCACCUGGUCACUUGCCCACCUUGCAGACACACGUACUCGAGCACUGGGAGGUGUGAGCGGUCUACUGCAACGACAAGAAGAGGAUUCCACCCGCUGCAAAAACAAGGUCAAGAUCACGUGCCAUGGAGCUGUGGCCCGCCGCUGCUGUAGUUGGUGCCUAUGUCGGCGUUAUCACCCUGGGGCUGUCCUGUGGCUCAGUCCGGUUGUCCAGCCAGAUGCUACUGUCCAUUCUCAAGCUGUCCGCACUGGCCUUUCUGGCCAGCGCCACGUGCUGCACGCCGGUGGCCUUGACCCUGACCCUCGUGGUCGCGUACUGCCUCUACCACUCGCUGCCCUCCCCCAGGCUGUCACCUCAAGGCCGCGCCGUCUUCAUCACAGGGUGCGACACAGGUCUGGGUCAUAUGUUGGCCAAAAAGCUUGAUGCCAUGGGUAUGCACGUCUUCGCUGGCUGCCUAUACCCUGGGGGUGAAGGGGCAACCACUCUUACGUCUGAAUGCUCGGACAGGUUAAAGGUCAUUACCGUUGACGUGUGUAAUCCCACCGUAGUGAGGGAAGCGGCAGAACGCAUCAAGCAGGAGCUCCACGGCAAAGAGCUAUGGGGAGUUGUGAACAACGCUGGCAUGUUGUAUAUUGGCUGCCUAGAACUUCUAACAGAAGAUGAUAUCAGACGGUUGGUGGAUGUAAACUUCAUGGGACAGGUGCACGUGGUUCGGGCAUUUCUACCUCUGCUACGUGCUAAGCCAUGGUCGGCUGGUCAACGUCGCAAGCAACUCUGGUCUGUUCCCCACUCCAUAUGCAGCCACUUACAGUGCAUCGAAAGCUGCAGUGGCCUAUCUCACUGAGACACUGAGGAUAGAGCUGCAAUGCUGGGGUAUCAACGUCUCUACCAUCAUCCCCAGUGGCUACAGAACAGGCAUUUUGAUGUAUGACAAGCAGCAUGUCGGAGACAGGUGGUGGAAAGCAGCAACAGAAGAAGUGCGGCUAAGUUACGGCCAGGAGAGUUUUUACCCCAAAAGCAUAGUUCAAG